AUGCCACCGCCAGAUUCCGUAGACUUUGGCCCUCACCUUCGCGAGCACCUCCAAGUGCGAUUCAAGCAAUGCCACCGCCCACAGAAGCGACGAAGUAGAUGCGUCCUGCGCCAUGAAGAGGAAGUUGAAGAGGUAGCCACCGAUCUCAGCAUCGAUGCCAACCUUGUUCCAAUUUCAUGCACUUCUGAUGUCAUAAAUUUGAUGAACUUGGGACACAAGAAUCGUGCAGUUGGUUCUACUGCCAUGAAUGAUCGUAGUAGUCGCUCUCACAGUGCAGGGAAGCACCAAUUUAGAAUCUAUCCAGAUCCAGAGUUGACCUUAGGUCUUCCUGUGCAUACUGAUUUCAAUGCCCUCACAAUUGUUUUGCAGUCACAAGUUUCUGGUCUCCAAGUGAUCAAAGAUGGGAAAUGGAUUGCAGUACCUGUUAUUCCCAAUGCAUUUGUUAUCAACCUGGGAGAUCAAAUUCAGGUACCAUUUUUGUGCUUCCCGUAG